AUGGUUUUUCCUGCAUCUAGAACAACACCAAUCAGAAAACCUUUUCGAUGGAAACGUGAUCAUAGCAUUCUGUUUUUGAAAGAAGUCUUGGCUCAUGAACCUUACCGUUUCAAGAAAGGGUCAAAAGAAAGGGGUGAUGUGUGGAGCAAAAUUGCCAAUACCUUAAAUCAAAUACCACAUUCCUGGUUUUUAAAUGUGACACAGCGAAGUGUGCGCACACAGUAUGAAAAAUUGAUGGAUGAGUUUGUGAAGAAGGAUAAACAGGAAUUGGCUGCUUCAGGAAUUGAUGCUGAGUAUGAUGAGCUUGAUCAACUUUUGUAUGAUACCUUUGAAAAAUCUACUGAUGCAACUGCAGAGCUGGCAACACAAGCUAACAAAAAGCAAAAGAUAGAAAAUGAAGAAAAGCUUAUAAUCACAGAUAUAAGGACACAGGCAAUGGAAAGAAUGAAAGAACAUCCCAAACAGAUGAAGAGAAAGAGCACUGUACUCAAAGAGAUCAUAGAAAAAGGAAGGAAAGCUAAAAAUGAAUUAGAGGUAAAGCGAAUGGCUUUGGAGGAAAAGCGUCUUGAAGCAGAAAACGAAAGACAAGAAAUGUUCAAUCAUGUUGUGGACCAGGAGCAACAUCAGCAAUCCAUGCUUCUUGAACAACAGAAACAAGCAAGGGAAUUGCAACAAGAAUUCAUGCGGAUUCAGGUUGAGAAUCAAAAACAACAACAAGGUUUUUAUGAACAGCAGCAGAAAAUGCUAACACAGAUGCAAGUCCAAAAUUCACAGGUACAGCUAGAACUUUUGAGAGUUUUGAGAGACAUUCAAAAUGGUAGUGGUUCAAAAAAGUAAAUAUUUUGCAAAUGCUUGUUACAUUGUUUUAACACAAGCAUAAUUAAAAUUAAAUUGUUCAU